UCCGCACCUGUCCUGGCACCGAGACGCUCGGAGCCCGCAUUGCUGUGGGUCAGCUGGGCAGAGGCCGCGCGUGUCCGCGGGCCUGGGCGCCCUUUCUUUUGCCGGCUCGGAGGGGCGGGUAGGAAACAGCCCCCGCCCCGCGCACAAGUUUCCAUCCCGCCGCGUGUGGGCCCCGCAGCAGGGCACACCUGUCAGCUGGAGAAGCUGCAGAUCGGGCAGCCCUGCAAAGUUUCGGGGGUAGAUUGGCGGUGUGCGUCCUUGGUUGGAGGUUUUCUCCUUCCGUUUGCCUAGUGGGUGAUGUGUGGGGUGUCGGUCUUAGGGAUCGUCCCUAAUCCGGUGCCGUUGGAGCCGGGUGCGCAUUAGCCUGCCCCGGCCGAGCUCUCAUGAAUCCCUCCUGAGCGAAGGGGGAAAGUGUGCGGGCCGAGAGGCGGUUCAGCCUCUCCUCCGCCGGCUUGGGGUAGCACGGUGCCCGGUCUGGGCAGGGGCACCGUGGCCAGAGCCCACACCAGCGCCUGGCUGUUCGCGAGGUCAUCGGCUAUAGAAUCUACUUGGCCUUCAGAGGGGUCGGGGGUGCAGGGUAGUGCCUCCAAUUCCUGCUCCGGGUGUCGGGGUCCCACCCGGGGGAAGGUGGGGACCGGCGACACCAGGGAUGUCGCCUUUGUCUGCAGGCAGACUUUGUCAAGGUAGCUCGGCCCCGGGGGGAUGAGUGGGGCCUGGUCGGAUUGAUUCAUUGGGUUUUUCUGUUCUCUCCCGUGGGUCGUGAGAAACCGGCACGUGGGUGUGGCCCGCGCCUCCUUCACCAGAAGGGGAGACCCGAAAGCAGGGGGCGGGGUGGGGGGGGGGCGGGUGAGAAGCAUGGCGAGUGCCUUCCCGGCUACAUUAACCUGGUGGGCACUGCCUCCGGCACUGCCCCGAGGCCGCUGCCAGCGCCCAGCAGGUUGCUGGGCUGGCCUCGGACCCUCUGCCGUUUCCCAGAUUGCAGGUGGACCGCAGAGCGCGCAGCGCCUCCUCGGCAUGUGAGCUCUGGAUAGGGACACGAGGGGGCGGCACGCGCCUGGGCCCUGGGUACCGGGUCUGGGUCUGGUGGGGGGGGGGGGGGGCCUGGGCCGCAGGCGCGGGCCAGGAGGGGUGGGGUGGGAACCAGGGAGGGCUGGGAGCCCUGCAGAGGAAGCCUCCCGGGGAUGGAGGGGCAGAGCUGCCGCCCGGAGGCCGCGCUUCCCGGAGAGGCGAGGCUGCCAACAGCACUUUCCGGACUGAAGCUGCUGGAAUGGGGCUGGUGCCUGACUCUCAUUCGAUACAGCAGUGACUGCGUGUUCCCCUGGCAAGAAGGUGUGCUUGUGCCGGGGCGGGCCUCGGGGGACGGUUUCAGCGACACCCAGAGUUGGAGCAAGCUUGGGAGUGAGACCUCAUUGUCUGUAGAAAGUGGUGGGGCUGGUAACGGGAUUCUCCAGAUCAGGCACCCCCCACCCCCCGCCGUCAGCCUUCCCACUUGGGUAGUCUUUCAUGACUGGAAGCGCUUCCAUUUUUAGAGAGAUGAUUUAUUAAUUCCUGAGAUCUAUGAAGCAAGAAACCAUUAGAACCCCGGUUAGGGGGAGAUACCAAGUCCAGAGAACUUGGGCAAGGUCAGGCAGCCAGGAGGUGGUGGUAGAGCCCUGUCUUAAGCGCAAGUCUUCUAGUGCCUGUCUAGUCUUAGGCUCUUUUCGAUAAAACACAGCGGUUUCCAACAGUACAGGUGCUAGGAGCCCUGACUGUUGCAAAGGUAAUCUGGCAGCAUUUGCAGGAGUGGCCGGGCCGGGGGACCAGCAGAGAGAUUCCAUGCGGGCACUAGGACCAGGCUGAUGGGGCCUCCCAGGCAGCUGCAGUGUGGCUGCAGUUCCCUUUGGUGCCCUGAGCGCUGGGCUCUGGCAGGAGAGCUGUCCACACCCCGGCCCUCAUUUCCCUUUCCUUCCCUGGUCCUCCUUUCCCAGUUGCUUUCCCUUUCUUUCCUGAUUCUCAAGUAAAUGAGAAAAAGGUGAAAAAGCAGAGAAGACAGGGAAACUUUCUCUUAUUGAUUUUGCUGUUUCGAGAAGAGGAAGCUGUUUCCUUCUUUUUUCCCCUGGCACCUCUUUUAUGUUUCCCAUCGUCUCUCCUCUCUUCCUCCCACACUUUCUUCAUGGGCUGUGCUUCACUAGCACCGGUCCCCUCCCCAAGUGCGGUCCCCUGGUGGGUAUGGCAGGGUAGCAGCUCUUGGACCACGGGCUGCCUCCUCGUCCAUCUUCCUUCUCCCUGGCCCCUCCUGUGCUCAGGAGUGCCUCAGGCUCCCCCCUACUGAUGCCUGACUUUAAGAGUUUUUGGUCAGGCAGAUCAUAGUUCUGCCAUCCACCCGUUCAGUAUCCUGUAGCUCUCUCCAGCUUUGGCUUGCCUGACAAUAAUAAGUGCUACUUUAAGUGCUUUAUGGAACCAUUUCACCCUCAAAGAGGCUACAAGGUUAGUGCUACAAUCCACAGAUUACAGGUGAAUUCACUAAGGGAUAGAACAUAGUCACACAGAUAGGAAGUGUCAGGGCUGGGAUUUGAACCCUAGUAGUCUGGCUUCCAAGUCUAAAGUCUUAGUCAUGCUCAGCAAUGAAAAUGGUUUUUGUUAGUGGGUCAUUUCGUCAGUUUUGGGCCACGCCCAGAGAAUAUGCUUCCACUCCCAGUGACUGGAGAUGCUGCCUCCUGCCUGACCCCCGCAUUUCCCGCCUUCUCCCACCAGAUGCCGGUGCAGCUGACGACAGCCCUGCGUGUGGUGGGCACCAGCCUGUUUGCCCUGAUAGUGCUGGGUGGCAUCCUGGCAGCUUACGUGACAGGCUACCAGUUCAUUCACACAGAAAAGCACUAUCUGUCCUUCGGCCUGUACGGCGCCAUCCUGGGCCUGCACCUGCUCAUCCAGAGCCUGUUUGCCUUCCUGGAGCACCGGCACAUGAGGCGGGCGGGCCGGACGCUGAAGAUGCCCUCCCCACCACAGCGCGCAGUGGCACUCUGCAUCGCCGCGUACCAGGAGGACCCUGACUACUUGCGCAAGUGUCUGCGCUCAGUCCAGCGCAUUGCCUUCCCCAACCUCAAGGUAGUCAUGGUGGUGGACGGCAAUCGCCAGGAGGAUGCCUACAUGCUGGACAUCUUCCAUGAGGUGCUAGGCGGCACUGAGCAAGCCGGCUUCUUUGUGUGGCGCAGCAACUUCCACGAGGCGGGAGAGGGAGAGACGGAGGCCAGCCUGCAGGAGGGCAUGGACCGUGUUCGGGAUGUCGUGCGGGCCAGCACCUUCUCAUGCAUCAUGCAGAAGUGGGGAGGCAAGCGAGAGGUCAUGUACACGGCCUUCAAGGCCCUUGGCAAUUCGGUGGACUACAUUCAGGUGUGUGACUCUGACACCGUACUGGAUCCAGCCUGCACCAUUGAGAUGCUUCGUGUCCUAGAGGAGGACCCCCAAGUAGGGGGAGUCGGGGGAGAUGUCCAAAUCCUCAACAAGUACGAUUCAUGGAUCUCCUUCCUGAGCAGCGUGCGGUACUGGAUGGCCUUCAACGUGGAGCGGGCCUGCCAGUCCUACUUUGGCUGUGUGCAGUGUAUCAGUGGGCCAUUGGGCAUGUACCGCAACAGCCUCCUCCAGCAGUUCCUGGAAGAUUGGUACCAUCAGAAGUUCCUAGGCAGCAAGUGCAGCUUUGGGGAUGACCGGCACCUUACCAACCGCGUCCUGAGCCUUGGCUACAGGACUAAAUAUACAGCGCGCUCCAAGUGCCUCACGGAAACCCCCACAAAGUACCUCCGGUGGCUCAACCAGCAGACUCGCUGGAGCAAGUCUUACUUCCGGGAGUGGCUCUACAACUCUCUGUGGUUCCACAAGCACCACCUCUGGAUGACCUACGAAUCCGUGGUCACGGGUUUCUUCCCCUUCUUCCUCAUUGCCACGGUCAUACAGCUUUUCUACCGUGGCCGCAUCUGGAACAUUCUCCUCUUCCUGCUGACAGUGCAGCUGGUGGGCAUCAUCAAGGCUACCUAUGCCUGCUUCCUCCGGGGCAACGCAGAGAUGAUCUUCAUGUCCCUCUACUCCCUUCUCUAUAUGUCCAGUCUCCUGCCAGCCAAGAUCUUUGCCAUUGCUACCAUCAAUAAGUCUGGCUGGGGCACCUCCGGCCGAAAAACCAUUGUGGUGAACUUCAUUGGCCUCAUCCCCGUGUCCAUCUGGGUGGCGGUCCUUCUGGGAGGACUGGCAUAUACAGCUUACUGCCAGGAUCUGUUCAGUGAGACGGAGCUGGCCUUCCUCGUCUCUGGGGCCAUCCUGUACGGCUGCUACUGGGUGGCCCUCCUCAUGUUGUAUCUGGCCAUCAUCGCUCGGCGAUGUGGGAAGAAGCCAGAGCAGUAUAGCUUAGCUUUUGCUGAGGUGUGACAUAACCCUCAAGCAGAGCGGGAAAAAGUGCAAUGGGUAAGGGAGGGAAUGGGAAUGGAAGAGAAAAGAUGGGGUGGGAGGGAGGAGGGAAUGCUGUUUUAGUUUCUUAAUGGUCCAAAGGACAAAUCUGAAGUGCAAAGAAAGGUGAUUUGUAGUAUGGCCGGGGGCAGUUCUGCUUAGAGAAAGCAACGCUGAUCCCAGCUCAGGCGGGUGGAGAAGACUGACUUGUUUCCAGGCUGCCUGUCUGCUCCACGGUGGUCUCCGGGGAAGAUUCUACUCCCUGCCCCAGGGGUCAGAGGGAACUCAGAAGUGUGCUAACUCAAAAGAAGUUCCACUCUGGCAACUUCGGGUAGGUAAAUGAGCAACACCAGCUUGUGGGGAGGGGUUCUCUUAGCCCAUCUGAACACAACCAGAGGUGGUGGGAGAAUUUCUGAGGUCUGGGCCAGCUAGUAAAUAGCUCCCCCCUCAAUCUAGUUAUCAAUGCAAUAAGAUUGUGCCUGAGAUAUGAGUCCCAGAAGCCGGAUCUCUGGGCAUCAGAAAACAGGGUACAGGAAUGGUGCUUUAUUAUGCGAUAUACCCCAUUCCACAUCUCCACAUCCCAAGGAUGAGCCAAACUGACAGGGAUUUAGCACUGAACUGCUUUCAGGUGCACAUAGACACGAAUGUUAAAAAGGCAAGUUUGCCAGGAGGAACGAAGAUUGGCAGGGGCGCUGAAGUCCAUGGGCCAUAUGGAGGCCUGUAUGUAUUCCCCCUGGACACUGCCCAGGCAUCUAGAUUAGCUUGUCUGUGAAGUCUACUGGGGAGAUAAAAUGUUCUGGUCAUCUACUGGGAAGACUGAACCCCAACGUACUAAAAAAGUGAAGGCUCAGUAUUUCAACCUGUCUGCUCCUGAAUUCCUCUCAAAUUCAGCCGAGUCCCAAAACAGCCUCCUAGCUUUGCUUUCAAUGAGAUGUCAUCACCUCUUCACCCUCCUCCUCACUGAGUUUUUCAAGAUGGCAAGUGAGGCAGAGCCUGGAUUCCCACAGGCCCCUCCGUAACAGGCAAGUCUGCUCUCGGCACAUGGAGGAAAACCCACAAGGAGCCUCUGACUAAACCGGCUACCACCUUGGAACUGCUUGGGACAGAUUCCUUGCCAGCUGGGUAGCAUGCGUGACUUUCAGGUUACAAAUCUUGACAAUCGUCUCUAAUGGAAAGCUUUUCAGUAUUCCCUAAGUGAACCCUCAAGUCCAAGCUGGUCAUCUUUGAGACUGUCCAUUCUCCUCAGUGGCUUCUCCACGGAAUUCUUACAGCCGAGCAGUGGAUAGUCCCUAUUGCAAUUGCUUCUUUCCAGAAACCAAACUAGGAGAUGGAAUUGAUUCCUAAGGUUCUUGCUUUCUCAGGCCACUCAAGGCUGUUUUACUUCUCCCUGCUUUUGUAGGGGAAUAAGGGAAAGCCUUUUUCUAGGGACUGGCAAUCCACAGACUAUUCUCAGCUCCUGGGUUUGAAACCUGGGAUCUUGACCAAGCCUCUGAAUGAGGGGUUGCUUGCUUGUGUGUGCUCUCUCCAAACGGUCCACUCUCACAGGGUCCAGCUAACCCUCACAGAACCAGCAGUAAGGGAGAGAGGAGUUGAGGGGGCAAGCCUCUAUAGUGUGCCCAGGUGCUUCCUACAAAGGAACAGUGUGCUGAGCCACAGGCUGGCAAACCCUGGUGCUUUCCUUCAUCUCCCAUGAACUCAAAGGUUUCCCAAGUGCGGCGAACAUGGCUGCAUCGCACAGACCUCAAGUUUCUGAUAAGACCGCUGGUUGCUGUUGGACCCGAUCCACGAAGACUAGAAGAGGCAGCAGGCAUUUGGUAAAGGCAGUUGUUCCAAGCUCUUCCGUGUUUUUUGCUGGCCAAGUAGGAAACUAUUUUGAGCACUACAAUGGAGGAAAUCCGGUCAGCCAACUGCAGAGCUCAGACUUGACUAAGGGCUUGUUUUUCUUCAAGCUUUACUUGAAGGUUAAUGUAGGAUGGACGGACUCCCAGAUGGAAAACUCCUGGCUGUCCUGCCAUCAGCUCUGCCUUGCACUGUGGUUAUCAACUUCCCUCACAUCACAAGUAGGCGAGUACAAGUAGUGGGCUCACAACGUUUGACCUCGACUGGUUUUUCUAAGUUAUUUUGUAUGUUUUUCAGCAGUGAAACCAAACUGGGUCUUCAGCUUUAUCCCCAUUUCUAGCAAGGGAAGAGCCUUUAUACAGUCAGACAUGUUUUGGUUUUUCCUCAUUGAGAAUUUUAAUUGUCUUUUUUUGUAUUAUUUCUACAAUAAUUUGUAAACAUAUUUAUUUUUACCUGCCUUUUUUUAACUUUUCAUGUCGUUUUUUAUACUGUACAUUUGUCAAAAUAAAGAUUCUCACAUAAUGCUAU